AUAUCUUUUUUUUAGGUAGUUCUACCAGACCUAGCUGUCUUAAGAAUAGCUGUUUUUGAUGAGAAUGGGAAAAUGCUUGGACAGCGGAUUUUACCAUUAGAUGGAUUACAAGCAGGUUAUCGGCACGUCUCUCUGAGGACAGAUGGAAACUUUCCCUUGUCUUUGUCCAUGCUCUUUAUAUGCGUAGAACUGAAAAUAUAUAUACCUGAUGGAUUGGGAGAUUUGAUGGAUGCAUUGUCAGACCCUAGAGCAUUUCUCUCAGCCCAGGAAAAACGAGUAGCUCAAAUGAAAGCUAUGGGCAUAGAAGAAGCCGAUGUUCAAACAAGUGAUUUAAAGUUGGGCAGCGUAAAAGUUGGCGGCAAAAAAGAUGACGACAAAAAAGAAGAAAAGAUAGAAGUCAUAACUCAAGAUUCAUUAAAAGCUUUAAAACCCUUCCAAAAAUUGCGAAGAAAGCAGAUGAAAGACCUCAGCAGUUUAGUUAAAAGACAACAGAAGGAAAAAGCAUCUAUUCAAAAGUUCCAAUGUAAUGCUAUUGAUAAAUACUUGAAAAGCAACAAACAAGUAGAAGUAACAAAGGAUGCUGCUUUGAGAGAGCUUGUGCUGAGUCAAGUGAAGCAGUGGACCGAAUUGGAUGAAAGACUUAAAAAGGAGGAAUGGGAGAUGAUGAAGGUUCAUGCAAAUCAGCAAGGUGAAAUUUUAGAUAAACUCAUGACAGUCGAACAGAUGAAACAGAUGAGACAGUUGGAGCAAAAAUUUGACAAUGACAACAAGGAAAUGAAAACCAGACAAGCUAAGAUAUCGGUUGAAACAGCUAAAGAAGUGGCAAAUGAUCGAACGUUGAGAAAUAAAGCUGAACGAGAAAGGCGUUUAAGGGAAAAGAACAGUAACAACACGAAAAAGUUCAUCGAUGAAAGAAAAGCAACGGCCAUGAAGCAAGAAAAAGAAAGAAGCAAACUUUCCAAAUCUCACGACAAACAACACUCAGAUCUUGUUAAACAUACCCAAGAUGAAGUUGGAAUCUACACUAAUGCUGAAGUGGAACAAAAAAUAGCUGCGAAGAAAGUAUUUGUCGUAUAAAAAACAGAACUUAGAAAAAGUUAUACAUUGAACUAGAUUGAAACCAGAUUGGUGUACAACUGUUACAAGAUUAAUAGACACAUUAAUAUGGGAAUAUGCAAGAGAGAAACAAAGUAUUAAAUAUUGUGCUAAAAAUGUUUAAUAAAACAGUUGCUUAUCAUAUUUUGAUAUUUA